CAAGUCUAAUCCCAGUGAAUAGAUUCCCAAUAAAGUCCAUUGGUUUUUCCAAAAAAAAAAAAAAAGUCCAUUAGUACUCAAAACACCUUGUGAUUUGGGAAAAUAGUAAAAGUAGUUAAAAUACAAAUAGCAUUGUAUAUUAGUAUAACAUACCUGAGACGCCCAUAUGACAAACAUUGCAUAUCACACUCAGCACUUUCCUGAGACGUUUCAAGAUAUGCCAAAUGUUUUGUCGGCACCCAGGGUGUUCUAUGUAGGUCCCCAAUACUUUUAAUACCCUUGAAAAAGGAUAAAAAAAGGAAAAAUCAUCAAAAUCAAUCUCUAUAGUGUGGUAUAUAACAUCAAUGUAAUUGUAUAUCCAACAUAUAUUAUACAAUAUAACAAUAUAUACUUUGUACUGGAUCAUAUAUAGGCAGUGAAUACUACAGUGUAAUAAUGAACACUUUGUACUUUCACUAAGGAGAAAUUCCCUCUGUCUCAUCUGAAAACUGACCUUUGAAAUGUGAGUGUGAGUGUGAGUGCUGAUCAUUCCCUACUUCUAUGUGUUGCAACAGGAGGAGACAGCCCUCUCCAGGUGACUGCCUAUGUAGGGGAGACUGCCACACUGACACCCCACCCAGAUGUCACUGAUAAAGUUAAUAAAGUCUUAUGGAUGUUUUUUAACGAUGGGAGAAAACAUCUCCUGGCUGAAUUCAGUGACAAAGAGUUCAACAUGCGCAGGACUAUGCAUGAUCGCCUGCAAGUAUUUAACAAUUGGUCAACAUUAGAGAUCAGAGAUCUGAGACUCCAAGAUAGUGGCAUCUACACUGAGCGAAUCUAUUUAUGGCAUGAUGGAGAAGUGAGAGACUUUUCAUACAACCUGACCGUGUUGGGAGGAGACAGCCCUCUCCAGGUGACUGCCUAUGUAGGGGAGACUGCCACACUGACACCAGAUCUCCCUUAUGAAUAUUAUAAAGUCUCAUGGACGACUUUUGUCAAGGGGAAAACAAUACUCGUGGCUGAAUGGUCUCAAAAGGAGUACAAUGAAAACCCUUAUUUCCAAAAUCGUCUGGAUGGAUAUGAAUUAACAUUAGAGAUCAGAGAUCUGAGACUCCAAGAUAGUGGCAUCUACACUGAGCGAAUCAUUUUUUUGGAGGAUGGAGAAGUGAGAGACUUUUCAUACAACCUGACCGUGUUGGGAGGAGACAGCCCUCUCCAGGUGACUGCCUAUGUAGGGGAGACUGCCACACUGACACCAGAUCUCCCUUAUGAAUAUUAUCUAGUCUCAUGGACGACUUUUGUCAAGGGGAAAACAAUACUCGUGGCUGAAUGGUCUCAGAAGGAGUACAAUGAAAACCCUUAUUUCCAAAAUCGUCUGGAUGGAUAUGAAUUAACAUUAGAGAUCAGAGAGCUUAUUGUUUGUGCUCCUUCACUGGCCUCUGCGACAUGAAAUAGAAAGGGGCAGAUAAAUAUAAUAGUUAUAUUUACUUUAAAGCCACUGACAAUUUGAAAUUGGAAAGUCACUUACAAUUUGUUCAGCACAAUACAAUUACAAUUUUAGCGUUUGCAUCCCCAUUGAACCAGUAACAUCUUUAAUAAUCUGUGUAGAGAAUAAAGUAACUUUCUGAAAUGGCUGUGACAUUUAAGUGAAUAAGAACAUUUAUAAAACAGUUCAUGUCAUUUAUUGCCUUACUGGCUAUAGACAAAACGUGAGUUUAUAGUUUAUCUUUCCUACUUGUUAUUGUGAACCAUUUUGUAUGAUCUGAAGGAAAUGUAAAUCCUCAAAAACGAAUGUAAAGUAAGAUACAGGUAUGGGAUCGGUUAU